UACCGUUAGCAUAUAGUGCACGGGUUCUUGUUCUUCCGGACACGUUAUUGUUGCAUCAGCAUCCAACCAUCCAGCACUGUGGAUAUGUCGACCUCAGGAGAGCCAGCGAAAGGAAAGCGGGUUCAGCCCCCUUGGUCUCCACCAGCAGGAACAAAUGUUCCCCAUCUGAGGCUCUACAACAGCCUGACCAGAGAAAAGGAGCCGUUUGUCCCCCAGUGCGGGAACAAGGUCACAUGGUACAGCUGCGGGCCAACAGUGUACGAUGCCUCACACAUGGGACACGCCAGAUCCUACAUAUCAUUCGAUAUUCUGCGAAGGAUACUGAAGGACUACUUUAAGUACGACGUCCUCUACUGCAUGAACAUCACAGACAUAGAUGACAAAAUCAUUAAGAGGGCCCGGCAGAACCACCUGCUGGAGCAGUACAAGGAGAAGCAGCCGCACGCCGCUCAGAUCCUGCAGGACGUCCUGAGCGCCAGAGGGCCCUUUCAGGCUAACUUGGCUCUGACCACAGACCCCGAUAAGAAGCAGAUGCUGGAGAGGCUGGACGCUGCUGUCGCGGCCGCCCUGCAGCCCCUGCAGGCGGCCAUGGAGGGCAAAGCAGCCCAGGAGGUCGUACAGCCCCUGGCAGAGGAGCUGCUGCAGAACUCCAAGGACUUGCUCUCUGAUUGGCUGGAUACGCAGUUUGGAAGUCAAGUCACAGAGAAUUCCAUCUUCUCCAUUCUGCCUAACUAUUGGGAGGGAGAUUACCAUAAAGACAUGGAAGCCCUGAACGUUCUUCCUCCAGACGUUCUGACUCGAGUCAGUGAAUACGUGCCUGAGAUCGUGGACUUUGUGAAAAAGGUGAUCUCCAACGGUUACGGGUAUGAAUCGAACGGUUCUGUGUACUUUAACACCUCCAAGUUUGAUGGCUGUCCGCACCACUCGUAUGCAAAACUGGUGCCAGAGGCUGUCGGAGAUCAGAAAGCUUUGCAGGAGGGAGAAGGUGACCUGAGCAUCUCUGCUGACAGAUUAGGGGAGAAAAAGUCCCAGAACGACUUUGCCUUGUGGAAGGCCUCCAAGCCCGGAGAGCCUUCAUGGGACUCUCCAUGGGGGAAGGGAAGGCCCGGCUGGCAUAUUGAAUGUUCGGCCAUGGCUGGCUCCAUCCUGGGAGAGUCCAUGGACAUCCACGGUGGGGGGUUUGAUCUUCGAUUCCCCCAUCACGACAACGAGUUGGCUCAGUCCGAGGCUUUCUUUGAGAAUGAUCACUGGGUCAGAUACUUCCUGCACACCGGACACCUGACGAUCGCAGGCUGCAAGAUGUCAAAGUCUCUGAAGAACUUCAUCACUAUAAAAGACGCCCUGGCAAAGAACUCAGCCCGUCAGCUCCGUCUGGCUUUCUUGAUGCAUUCCUGGAAAGACACCCUGGACUACUCCUCCAACACCAUGGAGUCAGCCGUGCAGUACGAGAAGUUCAUGAAUGAGUUCUUCCUGACUGUGAAAGACAUAAUGCGCGCUCCUACUGAUAUCACCGGGCGAUAUGAGAAGUGGGAGGCAGCAGAGGUGGAGCUCAACAACAGUUUCUACGACAGGAAGUCUGCCAUCCAUGAGGCUCUGUGUGACAACGUGGACACGCGCACCGCGAUGGAGGAGAUGAGAGUGCUGGUCGGCCAGAGCAACAGCUACAUCGCCAGCAGGAAGAGCGCCAAGCUGAGGCCCAACCGCAUGCUGAUGGAGAGCAUCGCUGCCUACCUCACCAGCAUACUGAAGGUAUUCGGUGCCAUCGAAGGAUCAGAGCCCAUCGGUUUCCCAGUGGGACAAAGUCAGAACGUUGAUCUGGAGACCACAGUGAUGCCGUACCUCUCAGUGUUGUCAAACUUCAGAGAGGAAGUCCGUAAAAUAGCAAGAGACAAGAAAGUGAUGGAGUUGCUACAACUGUGUGAUGUUGUCCGAGACGAUACGUUACCGGAGCUGGGGGUCCGUCUGGAGGAUCAUGAAGGUCUGCCCACAGUGGUGAAACUGGUGGACAAGGAGACCUUACUGAAGGAGCGAGAGGAGAAGAAACAGGUGGAAGAAGAGAAGAAAAGGAAGAAGGAAGAAGCUGCAAAGAAGAAACAGGAACAAGAGAUGGCUAAACUGGCGAAGAUGAAAGUCCCUCCAUGUGAAAUGUUUCGCUCAGAAACCGACAAGUAUUCCAAAUUCGAUGAAAUGGGUUUCCCCACUCACGAUGUAGAAGGGAAGGAGCUGAGCAAAGGACAAGCCAAGAAGCUGCAAAAGUUCUUCGACGCUCAGGAGAAAUUACACAACGAUUAUCUUCAGAUGAACCAAAAUGGCAACUGAUAAUGUUUACAUACUGCCCAAGACAUCCAGGCUAAAGAAAACCUAGAGAAUAAAUGUUUAGGGUCAUCUUUUCUCUACUCUCCAUCUGUUUUGGAUCAGAAAACAAAUAUGGUUCUUCAUUACCAAAGUCCAUGUAUAGCUUUUCAAAAUAAAAGGGGCAAAAGAAGAGAAUUAGAGGAGAAGGAGGUCCUCCUUGUUCUGUUUCUCCACAGCAGCAAAACAAGGCAAAAACUGAAGUGAGGUUUUAUGAUGUGAUAAAACAAUUUUUUUAUACAUAGAUUAUGUUUUUGAUUGAAACUCUGUAACACUGCCAGUCGUUUGAAGGAUUAAAUAGAUUGUUUGCUGUAUGAUUUAACUUUGAAUUUCGAAAUGAACUACAAAUUAAUGGAUGUAGGAAAUUGGGAUACAUCUACACUAUGUAAAGAUGGACGAAGAAAACAUGAAUCUCCAAGUUUCUGGACUCUACUGGAGUGUUGAACAUCUUUCUUUCAAUUUGUGUCAGUGCUUAGAUUUCCAUAGAUGUACCUAGGAUACUUGAUGUAUUUAAAAAAUUAACUUCAAUUGCAUUUGGGGCAUUCCUUGUUUCAGUUACAUAUUCUCUAAGUUUACUGCAUUUGUACAGUCUUAAAGGAUACAAUUGUUGUGUUCUAUACUAGUUUUUUGUCAAUGAUUCCCAUGAAAAGACCUAGAAUAACAACAUGUUUGUCUGUCUUUCCAAACUGUACCUACUGGAAAUGUAAAUCUUUCAAAAACAUAUACUUUUCUUUCCUAACAUUUUUUCCUAAAAUAACUCAAACAAAAGGAAAUUGUGCAUUUGUUAGGGACUAUUUUAUUAGCGGUGGAUACAUUCACAUUACAUACAAGGAAGCGCUGUGCCACAGGGCAAUAACACAGUAGAUAUUUUCCUAUUUGAAGGAUCAAUUUAUUGUUGGUCUUUUCAUGUGCUUUGUUGACAAUUAGAGACAUAUAGAAUAUCAGCAACCUAUUUCUCAUCAUUCUGGAAAGAUACAGCUUCUCACACCCUCUGUUAGUGUGAUCUCUCAUGGCUUGAGUGACACCCCACAAAGAGGAGCCUUUUAUUAUUCAACCGUCCAUUAGGGUCAUGCAUUUUUGUACUGUUUGUGUAUUGCAAUUCCAUGGUUGUGUGAAUGCAAAGUAAUGCUUUCAUAUAGGAAGAAACUGAACAAAUAAAGAGGCAGAGAGCGCUACUGAUUUUCUUUCAAGAAAUAAAAUUGAUCAUUCUUGUAAA